AGAUCUCUUAAAAUUCAUCUUUCUCUUUUGUGAAUUACUUGCUUUAAUUGGUUUCUACUUCGAAAAGGCAACUGAAAGUUGAAUUGGGGUGAUUUUGAUUCUAGGUUCGUUGCGAAUUGGUGUGAUUUUGAUUCUAAAUCUUAAAUUUUAGAAGGGCUUUGAGAAUUUGGAAGGAGGGAAGAGAGAGCAAUGGCAGUCCAUGAUGAUUCGAAUGGGCAGAAGAAGAAAUCAAGUGAUUCAUUGGAUGAGAUACCAACUUUUAAUGUCGAAAAUAUGCAAAACAACACAAGAAUUAUCAAUUAUAGCCGCACAUUUAUGUCUAUCAUAGGUGGCGUGAUUGCUGGAAUUUUGGGGUACACGGCCUUGACUGGAUUUAUUUUCUAUUUUGUCAUCAUGGCUAUUACUACUGUAGGGCUGGCUGCAAAGACUGGCUUUGCUGUUCAUUCUUUUUUCGAUAGCUGGAACCAGAUUGUCUUCGAUGGCAUUCUAGUCGUUCGUGCUAUUCUGGACAUUUGCCUACGAUAUGGUUCAUAUAUUCUGAGGACUCUGCUACGGGGCGGUUUCAUGGAGGCAACCUUGCAUUCUAUACCCAUUUGUGACACUUUAGUUUUGAUUUAAUCUGCAAUAGUAUAAAUGUAUGAGAACGUUAACUUAUUUUUGUUUGUAUUUUACUAUUUGGAUAACAAGUGCAAGAUUUUGGUUUAUGGAACUCAGUUAUUUACUUUUA